AUGGGAGUCCAGGAAUCCACGGGAGUUCAGGAGCCCAGGAGUACAUUUGCCGUGUUUGUAGUUGGUUUUUGUGGUAAUAUGUUAUGUUUAGUAGUUUUGUGUCGACGACGUUUAAGACGUAACUCUUAUACACAAUAUUUGAUUGCAUUGGCAAUUGUUGAUACGGGAGCUAUAUUAUCAGAAGUGUUAGUGGCACUGGAUGAGCUGUAUCAAUAUCGUACGGAUAAACGAACAUUCAUGCAACAUACAAUUAUUACAUGUAAACUAUAUUAUUAUAUUCGUUAUAUAUUUUAUUCCAUGUCAUCAUGGAUCAUUGUCGCCUUAGCGAUUGAACGUUUAGUAGCAAUUAAAUUUCCGUUAUGGUCAAAAUAUAUUUGUAGUGUUGUUAAUGCCCGUCGCAUUAUAUUCCUUGUAUUCGUAUUUUCAGUUGUAAUGCUAUCGUAUCAUAUGAUUGUCAAAGGUCUCGAUUGUAGUCCAACAUCAUCAACUUCAUCUAGUGGGUCAACUACUUUAUUUUACAAUCAAUCGCUUACAACAACAACAUUUCUAAAUUUCUCUUCGACAACAUCAUCAUCACCAUCAACAACACCGUGUAGAUGUAAAACAUUACCAAGUUAUGCAAAAAUUGAUAUUGUAAUGACAAUUUAUGUCUGGCGUUUAGUUCUCAUGCUUCUUGUACCAUCAACAAUUAUAGUUAGUGUAAAUAUCUUGAUAAUGAAUCAGUUAUAUAGUGAAUCAUCUUUAGUUGAUCAUACAACAAAAGCGAAUCAACGUAAAAAAAUGAUAUUAUUGUAUAAAAUAUCAAAAAUGUUAGUUAUUGUUUCAUCAGUCUAUCUCGUUCUACAUGUACCCGGUUCUCUAUUAGAAAUUAUCAAAUUUAUUUUUGUUCAUGCACUCAAAAUAUGUAAUUCAAAAUUACAAUAUUAUAUUUAUAUUACACACGAUAUUUUUGACUUAUUGACAAAUUUUAAUUAUGGUAUUAAUUUUUAUUUGUAUAUAAUUAGUGGAAAACAUAUUCGUUUAGAAUUACUAAGAGCAAUUGAUAUAUUUAAGCGAAAUCAUACCACUCAUCGGCAACGAUCAAGUUUUUUCUCAUCAUCAUACAUUCAUCUUUCAAAGAAUCAUCAACAUAAUCACAAUAAUCACAAUAAUCACAAUAAUCAUAGCAAUAUUAAUCACAAUGUGAGCUCAGCUCCAAAACCAUCACUUCAGCGUUUGUCAUCAUGUUAA